AUGCCUCAGGCAACUGGGACUUCUUCGCCAGCCCCUUCAGCAUCAUCGACAUGCUCGCCACGCUACCAGGAAUGCUACGUCGACAUAGUCCUUCCCUUGAUCCUGAACGCCGACAACGAGAUGGCGCAGGCCGAAAAGCAUAAGCGCAUCAUCAGCAUGAACUCUCUCCGGGCCAUCCGGCUCGCCGACUUGAUGCGAAUCGUUCGGCUGCUGAGGGUGCUGCGUGUGGCGAACACAAUGCGGCAGUGGGAGAUGAUCAAUGUGGUGCUCAAGUCGAUCUAUGGCUCGCUUCAGGGCAUUCUUGUGCUUAUCUCCUUCACAACUGUAGGGACCAUUCUUUCAAGCACCGUGGCCUACGUCUUCGAGAUGGGCGAUGACACCAAGUUCACGUCCAUCCCAGCAAGUAUGUGGUGGGCUGCGUCCACAAUUACCGCUGUGGGCUAUGGCGACCUGGUGCCAAGAACCGUGGCGGGAAAGCUGACGGCCGUCACCACCAUGUUUCUCGGAACGAUUAUCAUGGCGGUGUGCAUUGCUGUGAUCACAAAUUCCUUCACAAUACAGUACCAACGGGAGCUCUACCUGGCGAGGAUGCGAAGGCUUCAGCAGAGAGCCGAGGAGCAUGGCCACACGAACCUCUCCCCGCUCACGCCGCAGAGAGCCCGCUUUUACAGCAAGGAGCCGGGUAGCCUGCCAAGCAGCUCCUCCCGUAGGCGGCUGCCGCGACCCAUAACGGGUGAAGUCGUGAGGGCUCCGUCCAGCGACCGCUUUGUCGGUGGCGAGUUCGAGGAGGAUGACGACGAGGAUCCAGCUGAGAAUGACGACAUUGCGAGCUUUGUCAAGGAGCUCGAAGAGAUGACGGAGGCACUUCUCCUCACCUUCGAGGCCUAUCUCGACCAAGGGGAGGCAAAGGAGGCAACCCCUCACACUUCGAGAUCACGGCAGUCAGGCUUGGGUCGCGUCGCGCUGGACAUGCUCCGAAAGAACAGCCAUGUGUGGUUUGACCAAGCGAGGAGUUUCAGCCAGGAGUUGGCGACCUGGGCCACAGAUGACCGGGAUCGGUGCGACAGGCCGCCUAGCAUCAGUCAAGGUGAAGGAUCGCUGACGGCCUAA